GAUGUGAUGGCGAAGAGACACGAGGAGUGGAUGGCUCAAUAUGGACGAGUGUAUGGAGACGAGACAGAGAAAGCAAAACGGUUUCAAAUAUUUAAAGAGAAUGUAAAGGUUAUUGAAUCUUUCAAUCAAGCUGGAGAUCAGCCUUACACCUUGGGGAUCAACGAAUUUGCAGAUUUAACUAACGAUGAAUUUGCGUCCACCAAAAAUGGAUAUAAGAGGCCGGUCUUUCCCCGGCCCCCCGGGGGGAGCACCCCCUUUAGGUACGAGAAUGUGACCGCCGUCCCCUCUGCCGUGGACUGGAGAAAAAAGGGAGCUGUCACUUCAGUCAAGAAUCAAGGCGUUUGUGGAUGCUGCUGGGCAUUUUCUGCCGUGGCGGCCGUGGAGGGGAUCGUGAAGAUAUCAGGAGGCAAACUAAUCUCAUUAUCGGAGCAAGAGCUGGUGGACUGCGACAAGGGGGGAGGAGACCAAGGCUGCCACGGCGGAAGAAUGGACGACGCAUUCAAGUACAUCAUCAACCACAACGGCCUCUCCACCGAAUCCGGCUACCCAUACGGCGGCCAAGACCACGGCACCUGCAACCUUAAACGCGGAUCCUUCCGCGCCGCCAAGACCGUCGCCGGCUACGAGGAUGUUCCGAGGAACAGCGAGGCCGCGCUUCUCCGCGCUGUCGCCCACCAGCCCGUAUCCGUGGCAAUUGACGCGCGUGGACUGCAACUGCAGUUUUACUCGGGGGGAGUGUUCACGAACAAGUGUGGGACGGAGUUGAACCACGGCGUGACGGUGGUUGGAUAUGGAAGGGGCCAGAAUGGGAUGAAGUAUUGGGUGGUGAAGAACUCGUGGGGUGAAAGAUGGGGAGAAAAUGGGUAUUUUAGGUUGGAGAGGGGUGUUAAGGCUGCGGAAGGGCUUUGUGGGAUUGCCAUGGAUGCUUCUUACCCAACUGUUUAA